AGAUCAGUCUGCCCAUGGUGAUGGUCUGCGGCACGCAGUGACAAGUUGAGUCCACUCAAAGAUAGCCAGUCAUGUAGCUUUAGUUCGUACUCGGUCUUCAAACACAUUCAAUGGCGAAGAGAACGACGGCAUCGUGUCGUAAUUAUAUAUAUUUUUUAUUUUAUUGCUCAUAUUACAACGUGUUUUGAGCGGUAGUGUUUUUUGACGCGCGUUCUUUUGGCAUACCAUUUUGGCGGAGCGCGCCCCACUCUGAAAGUGACACCUUGGAUCGUUGACGGAUUGGGAAAAAAUGCCUCAUCAAAGUUUGUCAUCGUUAAGAACUCAAACUUUACAAUUAAUAUAUUUAAGCUUUUGCAAAAUUAACUUGGAAUGAAUGAAGAAUGCAUAUCGUUUGGGAAAUAUUUUUGAUUUUUCAAGCAUAUUUAAUCUAUACAUCAGCACAGCUAAUUUCACCAAAGAUUCAUGAUGGUUGGUGGGCGUACAAAGAUGCUGUCCAAGGGAGCUUUGUUCCAGUACCAUCCUUCUGGGGGCUAGUGAAUUCCGCCUGGAACCUGUGUGCCAUGGGAAAGAGGCAGUCGCCGGUCAACGUCGAGACCAGUCGCAUGAUCUUUGACCCCUUCCUCACCCCUCUACGUCUCAACACAGGCGGACGCAGCAAGAUGGGAGGCACCAUGUACAACACAGGGCGCCACGUGUCGCUGCGGCCAGACAAGGCUCACCUGGUGAACAUCUCCGGUGGGCCUCUGGGUUACAGUCACCGGCUGGAGGAGAUCCGCCUGCACUUCGGUAGCGAGGACGGCCAGGGCUCGGAGCACCUGCUCAAUGGACAGUCCUUCCCUGCAGAGGUGCAACUUAUACACUACAACCAGGAACUCUAUGCCAACUACAGUGAGGCAGCCAAGAGCCCCAAUGGCGUAGCUAUUGUGUCCAUAUUCAUAAAGAUAUCCGAGUCUCCAAAUGUAUUCCUGAAUCGCAUGCUGAACAGAGACACCAUCACGAGAAUAACAUACAAACAUGACGCAUUCUUACUCAUGGGGCUCAACAUAGCAGAUCUAUAUCCAGACACUACACGUUUUAUAACAUACGAGGGCUCCAUGACUAUCCCGCCCUGCUUCGAGACAGCCACCUGGAUCCUCAUGAACAAACCUGUGUACGUCACACAGAUGCAGAUGCAUUCUCUGCGACUGCUAAGCCAGAAUGAGCCAUAUAAGAUAUUCCUCAGUAUGAGUGACAACACACGGCCCGCCCAGCCUCUCCUACAGCGCUGUAUCCGCACCAACAUCAACUUCAGCAAGCAGGGCCGGGACUGCCCCAACAACCGUGCCCUGAGGCACCAGUAUCGAGUAAACCAGUGGCUUCUGAAGUAGGAAAAAGAUGAACAUGCUGUACAAUACAACAGGAUAAAAACUAAAUAUUGGAUCCUGACUCUCAAGACUUUAUUUGAAUGUGGAAAUAAUACAUUAUCAGCAGAGAGGCUGUUUUUUUAUAUGUUUGAGAUUGCAAAGUAAGACAAGGAAAGAUUGAAAAGUGUAACUUUUAAGGCUGCACAACUGUAAUUCUUCUACAGAGUUUAUGGAAAUGGGCUGAAUGGAAAUUCAGCAGGCUCCGCCAUUUACUGACCUCUGCAGUGGAGAUAACGAGGACCUCUUUUAUGACAUCACCAACAUCAGAUUCACUUGAGUACCCAAAGAUCUCAAAGAACCAACACUUCUUGAAAUUAGCUAAAUGUAAUCACAGAUACAACCAUAACGUGUUUUGAUACCAAAAGCAUUCCAUCAGAUCUAACAUCAAGCUAGGAAUCUGAAUAUGAUGGGUGCUCUUCUGGUGAUGAAAGCUUCUACAUAACCAUGUCACAAGCAAAAGGUGUACUGAAUAAAUGUUACAAAUGCAGAAACAUUUUCUGACCAUGUGACCUAACCAGGAAAAAUGAUGGGCCCCAGUAAAACACCAGGGCAAGAGAUUUUCCUGUUCAGGCCACAUAGUCAGGAAACACUCCUAGCCAUAGACUUGGGAAAUCCAGUAUUUUAUACUGUAUUUGCUCAACUUUUCUAGCCAUUUUGGGCCAUUUGCCUUUUCUCUGUUUAAUUGUUUACAAUUUCAUUCUGUUUAUUUUAAUGAUAGCAGCCCAAUUAACCUGUUUCAAUGAAUUAUCUAAGAUAAAAUAACACUUUACUACAUAAGGCCUAUAUAGUAUAUGCUGUUUAAGAAUUGUAUAUUGUCUAGCACUGAAUAGAGCAUGGGACGUGAUUUGUCUGCAAAUUCUUUAAGCAGUUACAAAGCAUUCCUUAUCAAUUAUUUAUCCUCAUUUUCAAUUCAGAGCUGUGUAUGGCGUUACAGGCAGUGUGUGUGUGUGUGUGUGUGUGUGUGUGUGUGUGUGUGUGUGUGUGUGUGUGUGUGUGUGUGUGUGUGUGUGUGUGUGUGUGUGUGUGUGUGUGUGUGUGUGUGUGUGUGUGUGUGUGUGUGUGUGUGUGUGUGUGUGUGUGUGUGUGUGUGCGCUCUCUCCUGAGCAUUGUAUUUCUCAUUAAAUAGGAUAAAUAUCCUCGUUUUGUGGCAACGAAACAAAUACAAUUGUAUUUGUCACGUGUCAAAUACAACAACAGGUCUAGAGUGAUAUGCUUUAUUAACAAGCUCUUUCCCACCGAUGCAGAGUAAAACAAGAAGAUAAAAACACAAGAGAAAUAACACACAAGAAUGAAGCUAAAUACAGGGAGUACCAAUAUACCAUAUCAAUUUGCAGGGAUACGAGGUAGUUGAGGUAAGUAUAUACAGUGCCUUCAGAAAAUAUUCACACCCCUUGACAAAGUAGGAUUUAUAUGAAUUGAAUUGUCAUAUUUUUGGCAACAAUCUAAACAAAAUAGUCUAAUGUCAAAUUGGAAGAAAGAUUAUCAUUUUUAUUUGGAAUUAAAUGGAAAAUAAAAGACUAAGUAUUCAACCCCUUGAGUCAAUACAUGUUAGAAUCACCUUUGGCAGUGAUUACAACUGUGAGUCUUUCUGGGUAAGUCUAAGAGCUUUGUACACCUGGAUUGUACAAUAUUUGCCCUUUAUUAUUUUUACAAUUCUUCAAGCUCUGGUUAUUGGUCUUUGCUAGACAGCCAUUUUCAAGUCUUUUUUUUUUGCCAAUUUAAGCCAACUUUAUCUAGGACACUCAAACAUUGAAUGCCGUCUUGGUAAGCAACUCCAGUCUAUAAUUGGCCUAGCGUUUAGGCCAUUUGUGCGGCUGAAAGGUGAAUUUGUCUCCCAGUGUCUGUUGGAAAGCCAACUGAACCAGGUUUUCCUCUAGGAUUUUGCCUGUGCUUAGCUCUAUUGUUUUUUUGUGUGUUUUUUAAAAACUACUUAGUCCUUGCCAAUGACAACCAUACCCAUAAUAUGAUGCAACCAACUUCAUGCUUGAAAAUAAGAGUGUUAGUCAGUGAUGCUUUGUAUUCAGGACAAAAAGUUAAUUUCUUUGCCACAUCUUUUGCAGUAUUACUUUAUUGCCUUAUUGCAAACAGGAUGCAUGUUUUGGAAUA